CGGCCCUCUUUCUGUUCACAAACCAACACCGCUACUCAUUUCUACUAAACGCAAGAACCAUGGCAAAUCAAGUCUCCAAACAAAUAUUCAAAACCCUAUUUUCUUUCUUCUUAUUCGUUUUACUCCUCUCUGAUACGGUCUCAUCAGUCCGAAAAUCAAUCGACCUAAAAAAACCAUGCAAACAUUUCGUCCUCCGUCUCCAUAACAUUGCCUACGAUGGUGAUAACGCGGAUAAUGCCACGUCAGCAACAAUUGUAAACCCUAUAGGACUAGGCAACUUCAAUUUUGGAAAGUUUGUAGUCUUUGACAACCCUGUGACAAUGGACGAGAACUACCUCUCGGAACCGGUGGCUCGUGCCCAAGGCUUCUUCUUCUACAACAAGAAGACGACCUACAACACGUGGGUGACUUUCACGUUGUUGUUUAACUCAACGCAACACAAAGGGACAAUGACCAUAAUCGAUGCGAAUCCGAUGAUGGAGCCGACCAGAGACCUAUCGAUUGUUGGCGGGACCGGUGAUUUCCUCAUGACUCGUGGGGUUGUUACGUUGACGACCGAUACCUUUGAAGGCAGCAAGUAUUUCCGUAUCAAACUGGAUAUUAAACUCUACGAGUGUUACUAAUAUAUAUGUAUCCUUUGUCUCCGUUUGGGUUUCAUGUGUGUUUGGACAUUUCAAUAAUGCAUUCCAGGUGAUGUUUCUUCAAGUUGCCACAUAAUAGUAUUGUAAUUCGCUUGUAACGAGUUUUAUGAUAAUAAUAAUCUUAUGUUUUGUUUACUAAA